UAUAACUUAGUGACAAUACUUUUGAUCCACAAUUAGUAACGUUAAUUGCUCUCUAAGCGCAAGUAAAUGUCGUUUUAUAAUUUGCUGCUAAUCUGUUCGUUUACGUUGAAUCUAAAAACAAGUUCCUAAUAUGGAGGGAAACAUAGUCGAUCCAAAUGUUUCUGUGGAAUUUGAAGUUUUUGGAAAAGUCCAAGGCUGCGCAUUUACAAAAUACUGUAAAGAACUAUGUGAACAGCUUUCGUUAACAGGCUGGGUAAAAAAUACCAAAAAAGGUACUAUAGCAGGGAAGCUUCAAGGUUCCAAAUCUAAAGUGGAACAAAUGGUUUAUUGGUUAUCUAAUACCGGUUCUCCUGGAUGUAAGAUAGAGAGGUGCGAACUCGCUAACUGGCAAAUGUUAGCCAGACCAGAUUUUCCUAACUUUAGCAUUAGAUUUUGAGGCAAAUAUGUACUUGACAUUAUGUGUAAUUAUGAUUUUAGAAAAUUUAUUUUUUUAUAAUACGAAAUCGAAAUGAAUAUAAUUUAUAUUUGUACAUUUAUUAUUUGUGAUAGUGGUGAUUUAAUAUCUAUUAGUAAUAAAAGAUUACGAUCGA